AUGUUGUCCUCACCGCUGAGCACAGCGCGGCUCUUGCUGCUGCUCAUCGCAGUGCUCUCGUCGACACUCGUUCAGGCGAUCAAGUUCGACCUGCCCGCAGCGACACACCCGCACACCAAGUGCAUCUGGAACUAUGCACUCUCGGACUCGCUCGUGGUCAUCACGGCCAACACCAUCGCCAAGGAGCCGUUCGACUUUACGAAUCAGCGUCUGGACGUCGAAGUGGUCGACGGCAGCAAGCACAACAACGUCUACCUCUCCAAGAAGAACAUCAAGGGCGAGACGCGGUUGGCGAUCAACACGCACUCGCAUGCGGAUCUGGGCGUCUGCUUCAAAAACACCCAAACUUCCAAAUCCUCCACCGCCCCCGUGGUUACCAUCGACCUCGACGUCGACAUCGGCGCAGAUGCAGUCGACUACAACGCCAUCGCCAACCAGGAAAGCCUCAGCGGCCUCGAAACCGAGAUGCGAAAACUCGAGGCCGUCGCCAACGAAAUCGUAAACGAAAUGGAAUACCUCAAGAAGCGAGAACUCAGAAUGGCCGACACCAACCUAUCCACCAACAUGCGCGUGACCAACUUUGCCAUCCUCACCCUCGUCGCCCUCAUCGCCCUCGGAAUCUGGCAGGUCUUCCACCUGCGCGGCUUCUUCAAGCGCAAAUACCUCAUCGACUAG